CAGAAAUUGGGCAUGUUUGGACGAAAUUGAAUUUGGUUACAAUUACGGAUCAUGACACUAAGGCGUAUUCCAGGAGCAAGCGAUGAAGAGGCAACCCCUAAAGAUCAAGAAGAUUCGGUUUCUUCAGCUCAAGAUCAGAUAAUGGCAGCUGUAAGAAUGGCUACACCGAACCACCAGCAGAAUGAAAAUAUCCAGAGGUUUGCUGGCUUUGGCAUUGGUCUUGCAAGUCUACUCACUGAAAAUGUUCUUUCUCAUCCCUUCAUAGUGUUCAGGCGACAAUGCCAGGUGAAUCAUCAUGCCAGUCGUUACCACAUCCAUCCGUUCUCAGUUGUACCUGUGAUAGUUACCCUGCAAAGACAACAUGGAUUCUUUACGAUGUGGAAAGGAAUUGGCAGUGCGUUCAUGGUUCAGGGCAUCGGUCUAGGAAGUGAAUCACUCAUCAGUGAGUUUACACCAUUUCCAAGGGAGGUACAUACAUACAGCACAAUUAAGCAGGUCAUAGGUCACAUUACGUUGAAGACCAUCAGUAUGGCUAUCACGACACCGUUCCUCUCUGCUAGUCUUGUGGAAUCAGUUCAGAGUGAUAUAGCAAGUGACAGACCUGGUGUCUUUGACUGUAUCAAGGAAGGAUUCCUGCGACUGACAGGAUGGGGUUCAUCAUCCACCACCCGUCUACUUCCCAUCUACACCCUACUCUUACCCACCGUAGUCCAUGGCGUCGCCAAGUACAUCAUCACCUCCACAGUGCAAUAUAUCGUUCUCGCCAUCCACAGGCAGAAGCUACGGGAUGCCGGCCGUGACCGCCUCGAUGCCCCUGCCACCCCAGGAACCAUGAAGGAAGCCUACUUCCCUGAGCUUGUAGCAACGUUUGCCGGAAACCUGACCGCGGAUGUUCUCCUCUACCCCCUUGCCACCCUCAUGAUGAAAUUGCACGUGCAAGGCACGAGGACAAUAAUCGAUAAUACAGACUUCGGAAGGGGCGUUGUGCCAAUCAGCACGAGGUACGAUGGACUCUCCGACUGUCUUACAAGUGUUUUAGAAGAGGAAGGUGCCGCGGGGCUUUUCAAAGGCUUUGGAACUGUCAUCCUGCAGUAUGUCAUGUAUGCAGCCAUUUUGAAACUGACACACUUUAUCUAUCAGACGCUGAUGGAGGAUUUUGCGCCAAGAGACAACAGGUCGUGAUGACCGAUCAUGUUUUGCCAUUGCCAUGGUGAUUUGGGGACUUUGUCGGUGGUGCUUUCCUAAUCAAUGACUGAGAAAAUUGCUUAAUUUGGGUCUUGAUCAGGACAUUGAAUUGAUAUAUGAACAUUUUUGCAUCUGAUCAAAACUCUUUUGCCCAACAUGCUGCUAACAGAAAUGUUUGUAGUGGGAUUGCACAUGUUGAUAUGAAUUAAAAAUUCCCUCAUGUAGCAUGAUA